CGACAUUUUCUGACAAGCGUAGAAAAAGUUUUCAUCAACAGCCGCCAUUUUGCGCUGGAGAGACUGAGAAGUAUUUCGGAAUUUGUCGUGUAAAUUUUCUGUUUUUUCUUACAUCAUUUAAUCAUAAACUGUACCAUUCCGUAUAUUUUAAAGUGUUAAGUGAAAUCGUGUAGUUCGAUCGGUAAAAUAAGUUCCAUAAAGUAGCAAAAUCUGGUGAUAUUGUUUUCAUUUAUUGUGCUAGUUCCGUCGGAAGAUGGUGAGAGGGUCUGUGUAGCUCUUCGAUUCGGAGCUUUGUAAUGGCGAAUACUUGAGUGAGAAAUUUUAAUAUGUGCCUUCAAUGGUCCGAGAGACAUCGAACGAUCGGGAUGUGGGUGAAUUACGUUAUGAUGGAUGACAAAUCGCUUUAAAAUGUUAUUUCUUAAAGAUAUAAGACAUAAAUGUGUUAUUUGAAUCGGCGGGCCGAAAUAUUCACGACGGCUUACGUUUAGUAAACAGAGCCAUGGCCGAUCAUCAUGUGGAUGAGCCGCCUAAUAAGCGGGCUAAGAUGAUCCGGGACCCUUUCCAGGGUCCCUCGGACACCGCAGACGGGUUUUCUAACCUGGACAUGUUCGACCUUGAAAAGGAUCUCCCUGAUGAGUUGAUGGGAGGUUCAUGGGGUGAACAACCUGGUGUCACAGGGCCAAAGCCCCCCGCGCAAGGACCCGGCCCUGGGGGACAAAUGGGCCAGCAGCAGCUUAACGGAGAUGAUCCGACUGCUGCCAUGCAGAGACAAAUUAACAAUCACCUUAUUCAACAAGUCUUUUCACAGGGCAACAAGGGUGGCUUAGUUGGCCACAACAACCCUUUAGGAUUGAGUAGUUUAGGAAGUAAGAGUCCUAACUUACAGUCACCGCCCAAUGUGUCUGUCUCCAAAGACCUAAUGGGUGGUAUGCUUCAGCAACUUAUACCAAAUACAAGUCAUCCAAACCAACUCCACUCUUCAAUGCCAAUGAGCUCCAUUCAAGGUGGGAUGAAUGUAGCGAACGUGGGUGGUAAUAUGGUAGUGACGAAUAGUAACAUGACAGGCCCGAACAUGCUCGGCGGGGGCAUCAUCAACAAUGUGAACAAGCAGCUGCCGACGCUUAUGGGCAACAACCACCACGGGACACCGCCUCACCAUCCUCAUGCACAGGCAAUGCAGAACGGCCCUCUCGGCGGUAGAGUGGGCGGAGUCGGUGGUGUGGGAGUGGGCGUGGGUAUGCAAGCACCUAGCAUGCGCGGUGGACUAACGCACGGCGCGCACGCCUCCCACGCGGCGCACGGAGGGCACGCGGCGCACGGCGCGCACGCAGCUCACGGCGCCCAUGCGCGCAUGGGUGCGCCCGGUGGCGGUGGACACCCGCUCGCGCCCUACCACCCCGCGUACGGGCAACCAGCGGCGGGCGGUGCGGCGCAGCGGGCGGCCGGGGUGCGGUUCGGCCCGCCGCCCGAAGCCGGCGGUGGAGCAGCGCAAGCCGUCCCGCCCGCACCUUCACCGCAGACUCCUGGCGCGCCCGCCGGCGGACAGUCACAACCGCAAGCGGCGACGCAAUCAGCAUCGUCGCAGCCAACACAGCAACCAAACACGGGCUCGAUCGCCGACCCCGAGAAGCGGAAAUUAAUCCAGCAGCAAUUGGUACUGCUAUUGCACGCGCAUAAGUGUCAGCGACGUGAGAGCCAAUCCAAUGGCGAGACGUGGCAAUGUACGUUACCGCAUUGCAAGACUAUGAAGAGUGUGCUUAACCAUAUGAUGUCGUGUCAGGCGGGAAAAAACUGUGGUGUACCCCACUGCUCAUCAUCAAGACAAAUCAUUAACCAUUGGAAACAUUGUAUAAAAAAUGACUGUCCUGUUUGUUUGCCUCUCAAGCAAGCUGAUAGGACUAGGACUAACCCUAUGAAUGCGGCUGCUGUUUCCCACUCGAGCACCGGCGUAGGCUCGGUGGGCAGCGUGGGCACGGCAGGCGGAGGUGUCGGCGUGGGUGUGGGCGUGGGCGUUGGUUCUAUCAGUGUUAACGUGGCGUCCGCGCCCGCACCCAACGCACUCCCCACAGUCAACCCACUGGCCGGUGGAGUAUCAUCUGCGUCGGCUCAGUCUGGGAACGCCGUCGGUGGAGUGGGUUCAGUGGGUGGGGUGGGAGGUGUCGGUUCGGUCGGCUCUGUGGGCGGCGGAGCGGGUGCGGACAUGAAACGCGCGUAUGAAGCUCUUGGUAUCGCGUGCCCUACGUCGGUGGCGGGCAUGGUGGGCGGCUUUGCACGCGCACCACUCCCACGCAUGACUGCACCGCGCCCGCCCUCACUCUCCGACGUACUGCCCCAGCAGCAGCCCAUGCAGCAGCUCUUCGCGCACCAAUCUCAGUCUGACUUACAGCAACAACAAUCACAGCAGCAGCAACUUAUGGGCACAGGAACGUUGCAACUACCAGGAGGACCUGUCACAGCCAAUCCCGUUUCUGGAACGAAAGAAUGGCACCAGUCUAUAACACCUGAUCUCAGAAACCACCUUGUUCAUAAACUGGUGCAAGCCAUUUUUCCUACACCAGACCCUACAGCGAUGCAAGAUAAAAGAAUGCAUAAUCUUGUUGCGUACGCGAGAAAAGUAGAAGGUGACAUGUAUGAAAUGGCUAGUACGCGGUCUGAGUACUACCAUUUGCUUGCCGAAAAAAUAUAUAAAAUACAGAAAGAAUUGGAAGAAAAACGGCAAAAGCGAAAAGAGCAACAACAACAGUUACAAGCACAGCAGCAGCAACAAAGUCAACUUCAACAACAGCAACAACAACAACAGCAGCAGCAGCAGCAGCAGCAGCAACAACAACAACAACAGCAGCAGCAGCAACAACAACAACAACAACCUGGAGGAGUACUAGGUGGUGUCAUGGGUGGCGUCAGGCCUACGGCACCUGGCGUGGGUGUGGGAGUCGGCGUCGGAGGAGUUGGAGUCGGAGUGGGAGUAGGUAGUGGCGUUGGCCGGCCUAACUUACCCCCUCAGCCUGGUUUACCUGCAAUGCGCAUCCCCUCGCCUGGUAUGCCGCUCACUAUGCAAGGCAACCGAAUGACAUACCAGUCAAAUCUAGUGGGCCCACCUGGACCUAGUCCCAACCAGAUGCCUCAGACACCGAAUGGCGGAAGCGUAGGAGGAGUCGGCAGCGUCGGGAACCCCGGUAUGUCACCUUUCGGACAGCCAAUGACAUCUCCGGUGCCGCAAUAUCCACUGCAGAGUAACGGCCCCGCAGCGCUCGCGUCUCCCGGUCACGGCGCGGCAGAGGCGAAGGUGCGUCUCCCGGGUGGUGGGCCCGUCGCUAGCCCCUUCAUGAACCACACCGCGUUUCGCAACGAGACGGGCGCCUCGUCCCCGGCCGGCGGCGCGGGCGGCGUGGGCGGCGCCGCUACGCCCGCCACUCCGCUUGCGCACGCCAGCCCCGCGCCCGACCCGCGCCCCGCUUCACGGCCGCCCUCUGCCGCCGCGCCUAUAUCCGCACAGAUGGCGGCGCUGCAAGCCGCCGAAGAUAGCCCGCCCGAUGUUAAGCGCGACCCGGAUGACGUGCGAAUCAAAGAGGAACCCGAAGAUCCCGACUGUGGCGGAAAAGGCAUGCGUGAUGAGACACCACGCGAUAAAGAUUCAAGCCUCGACAGGCCAGAUCCCUUCUUGAAGCAGGAAAUCAAGCGAGAAAUUAAACGCGAAAUCAAAGAGGAGCCGCCAGAAACGCCAACGGGCGCGGACGCCGCGGCUUCAGAUCGCGGACCCAAAAAGACGUUUGCUUUCAAGCCGGAAGAACUGCGUCAGGCGUUACUUCCAACGCUUGAGAAGUUGUUCCGCCUCGACCCCGAGUCGUUGCCUUUUCGGCAGCCGGUGGACGCGCAAGCCCUUGGUAUCCCAGACUACUUCGAUAUUGUGACCAAACCAAUAGAUCUUUCCACAAUCAAGAUGAAGAUAGACCGAGGCCAGUACAAAGAUCCAUGGGAAUAUGUUGAUGACGUCUGGCUUAUGUUUGAGAACGCUUGGCUGUACAAUCGCAAGAAUUCACGUGUCUAUAGAUAUUGUACUAAGCUGUCAGAAGUAUUUGAAGUAGAAAUAGAUCCCGUAAUGCAAAGUCUGGGAUACUGUUGCGGUCGCAAGUACACUUUCAACCCACAAGUGCUAUGCUGUUAUGGCAAACAGCUUUGCACUAUUCCCCGCGACGCUAAAUACUUCAGUUAUCAAAACAGUCUAAAAGCGUAUGGGGUUGUGUCCGAUAGAUACACCUUCUGCCAGAAGUGCUUCAACGACAUCCAGGGCGACACUGUCACGCUCGGCGACGACCCGCUGCAGCCCCAGACAGCGAUCAAAAAAGAUCAAUUCAAAGAAAUGAAAAAUGACCAUUUAGAGCAAGAACCGUUUGUGCUUUGCAUGGACUGUGGUAGGAAGCAGCAUCAAAUAUGUGUGUUGCACCAUGACCAAAUAUGGCCUCAAGGCUUUUGCUGUGAUAACUGUUUGAAGAAGAAAGGGGCGAAGCGGAAAGACAACAAGUUUAGUUCUAAGAAACUGCCUACUUCUAAGCUCGGCAUUUAUAUUGAAACUAGAGUUAAUAAUUUCCUUAAGAAAAAAGAGGCUGGCGCUGGCGAAGUGCAUAUCAGGGUUGUCGCAUCGUCCGAUAAGAUGGUCGAAGUGAAACCAGGAAUGAGAUCGAGAUUCGUAGAAUCGGGGGAGUUGUGCGCCGAAUUCCCGUAUCGGGCUAAAGCGUUAUUUGCAUUUGAGGAAGUUGAUGGAACUGAUAUUUGUUUCUUUGGAAUGCAUGUGCAGGAGUAUGGUAGUGAAAGUCCAUCGCCUAAUACGAGGCGAGUUUAUAUAGCAUAUCUAGAUUCAGUACAUUUCUUCCAACCGAGGCAGUACAGAACUGCUGUGUAUCACGAGAUUUUAUUAGGAUAUUUGGAUUACGCUAAGCAAUUGGGUUAUACAAUGGCCCACAUCUGGGCCUGCCCGCCUUCUGAGGGCGACGACUACAUAUUUCACUGCCAUCCGCCCGAACAAAAAAUACCCAAGCCUAAAAGGCUACAAGAGUGGUACAAGAAAAUGCUAGACAAGGGUAUUAUAGAAAGGAUAAUUUUAGAUUACAAAGAUAUUCUUAAGCAAGCAAUGGAGGAUAAUAUCUCGUCAGCUGCUGAAUUGCCUUAUUUUGAAGGGGAUUUCUGGCCCAAUGUCCUAGAAGAGUCUAUUAAAGAAUUGGAUCAAGAAGAGGAAGAGAAGAGAAAGCAAGCUGAAGCCGCUGAGGCAGUGAUAUUCCAGUCUUCCGAAGAAAAUGAACAAGGACCCGAUGGCAAGAAAAAAGGCCAGAAGAAAGCUAAGAAAUCAAACAAGUCAAAGGCCGCCCAAAGAAAGAACAGUAAGAAACAGAGCGAUCAGCAACAAGGCAGUGAUCUCAGUGCAAAAAUUUUUGCAACAAUGGAGAAGCACAAAGAAGUCUUCUUCGUUAUUAGGCUACAUUCCGCACAGUCUGCCGCUAGUUUAGCUCCAAUUCAAGACCCAGAUCCAUUAGUAAAUUGCGACCUUAUGGACGGUCGCGACGCUUUCCUGACGAUGGCCCGAGAUCGUCACUACGAAUUCUCAUCGACGCGGAGGGCGAGAUUUUCCACACUUUGUAUGCUUUAUGAACUCCACAACCAAGGUCAAGACAAAUUCGUAUACACAUGUAAUAGUUGUAAAUCUCAUGUUGAGACGAGGUACCAUUGCACCGUUUGCGAUGACUUUGACCUGUGCGUGCCCUGCUAUGACAAAGAGGGACACCCACACAAGAUGGAGAAGCUUGGAUUAGACCUCGACGUCAGCUCGUCGCCAGGUGACAUGAAGCAGGCUAACCCGCAAGAGGCGCGCAAGUUGUCUAUCCAACGCUGCAUACAGUCCCUGGUACACGCAUGCCAAUGUCGCGACGCCAAUUGUCGCUUACCAUCUUGCCAGAAGAUGAAGCGAGUGGUCGCGCACACCAAGGUCUGCAAGCGCAAGACCAAGGGAGACUGUGCAAUCUGCAAGCAACUCAUUGCACUGUGCUGCUACCAUGCGAAACACUGUCAGGAGACGAAGUGCUCGGUGCCGUUCUGCAGCAGUAUAAAGCAAAAGUUAAAGCAGCAACAGGUUCAGCAACGCGUGCAACAGCAGCAGUUGCUGCGGCGACGUAUGGCGGCAAUGAACACGCGCGGUGGUGCGACAGGAGCCGCCUCGCCUCCCCCGCAGCCCGCGCCCGCGCUCGCGUCGCCGCCGCCCGCCAAGCCUGCGGCGCACGCACUGCCGCACAACGUGCAGAAGGCGCUUCAGCAGGUACAAGAGGAGGCGGCGCGACAACAGACGCCGUCAUACGGCAAGCAGGCAGCAAUGGGUCCUCCCGGCGGCGUUGGGGGAGUGGGGCUGGGCGUGGGCGCGGCCGCCGUGCGCGGCGCCGACUGGGGCGCGCGAUACCGAACGCCGCCGCCGCUGCACCACGCGCCGCACCACCGCCUGCCCCACCACGCGCCCGCGCCGCUCGCGCAGCACGCGCCGCUGCAGCACCACGCGCAGCACGCGCCGCAUGCGCAGCACGCGCCCUCUGCCAUACAGCAGAGAGCGGGUGCGCCGCAGCAGCAGCAGCAGCAGCAACAACCGAUGCAUCAAAAGGCGUUGCAGCAGCUCAUGGCCACGUUGCGCUCACCCGCCAGUCACAAUCAGCAGCAAGAAAUUCUGCAGAUCCUCAAAUCAAAUCCACCACUUAUGGCAGCCUUCAUCAAACAAAGAGCACAGAACGCCCAAAAUCAGCAACAAACAGGCAGCGGUGUCGGCCCAGUCGGCAACGUUGGCGUUGGAAAUGUCGGUGUCGGUGGCGUUGGCAAUGUUAAUGUGGGCCUCGGCGCCGGAGUGCCACAGCAGCCACAACAAAUUCAGCAUAUGAUGUCGCAGCCACAGCAGCAGCAGAGGUUGCAACAAAUGCAUCAGAUGCUACCUCAACAGACACAGGUCGGCGGUGUGUCUGGUGUGGGUGGCGUCGGAGGCGUCUCAGGAGUCGGUCUCGGCGGCGUCGGCGGAGUCGGCGGCGUGUCCGGCAUGUCGGCGGGCGCGCCCGGGGGCUGGUUCAAGCAGGGCGGCCCCGCCGGUGGCGUCAGCGGUGUCGGCGGCGGCAUGAUGGGCAUGCGCGGUGCAUACGCGGGCGGCGGGCCGGCGCCCAGGCUUGCCGCCCGGUACUUCCCCGGCGGCGGAGUGGGCGGCGUGGGCUCCGUAGGCGGCGUGGGCGCCGUGGGCGGCGUGCUGCAGCGGUCGCCGCCCGCCACGCCGUCGCCGCGGCCGCCCACGCCCUCGGAGCUGCUGAUGAUGCGGCAGUCGCCCGCGCCGCCCGCCCCCCACGCGCCGCCCGACGAGCAGCUGCCGCCGAUGACGCCUCAGGACCAACUCACCAAGUUCGUGGAGCAGUUGUAGUGUACAUAACCGAGGCGCGCCCGGUCGCCCUGUAAUAUAUAAGCUAUCGCGGCCUGCGCGUGCCGCCGCCCGCUCGUCUCCCCUUCCCCGCACUAUUUAUUGUCGAUGAUAUCGUUUAGCGACGCGAAGGACGUAUUUAGUAUUACGAUGAACGAAUCGAGCGCUCAAUGUACAAAAUGUAAAUAUGAGAAAGAGUACAUCCUGUCCGCUUUUGCGUAAUGUAAGUUGUUCGUAGUGUAGGUACAUUAUGAUACUUAUUCUGUUUAUUGUAAUUAAAUCAUUUUAUAAUAUAAUUAUGUGAUGAUUAUAAA